AUGGCGGCGGCAUCGGGCCCCCGCGGGUUCCAGUUCGCCAUCGACCGCGGCGGCACCUUCACCGACGUCUUCGCCCGCUGUCCCGGCGGCCGCGUCCGCGUCCUCAAGCUGCUCUCCGAGGACCCGGGCUACGGAGACGCCCCCACCGAGGGCAUCCGCCGCGUCCUGCAGGAGGUAGCGGGGGUGGCGGUGCCGCGGGAUCAGCCGCUGGACGCCUCCGGCAUCGAGUGGAUCCGCAUGGGCACCACGGUGGCCACCAACGCGCUGCUGGAGCGCCGGGGCGAGCGCUUGGCCCUGCUCGUCACCCGCGGCUUCCGCGACCUCCUCCACAUCGGCAGCCAAGCCCGCCCCCACAUCUUCGACCUGGAGGUGGCGGUGCCGGAGGUGCUGUACGAGGAGGUGAUCGAGGUGGACGAGCGGCUGAUCCCGCACCAGCCCGGCUGCCGCCUCCCCGGGAAGGAGACCCUCCCGCUGCUCGAAGGCUCCACGGGGGCGUCCCUGCUGGUGCAGCGGCCGCUGGAGCUGUCGGCGCUGCGGCGGGAGCUGGAGGGGGUGCUGGCCCGCGGCAUCCGCAGCCUGGCCGUGCUGCUGCUCCACUCCUACGCCUGGCCCGGCCAUGAGGAGCAGGUCGGGGCGCUGGCGCGGGAGCUGGGCUUCCGGCACGUCUCCCUCUCCUCCGCGGUGGCGGCCAUGGUGCGGGCGGUGCCGCGCGGCUACACGGCCUGCGCCGACGCCUACCUCACCCCCUGCAUCCACCGCUACCUGGAGAGCUUCCGCGCCGGCUUCGCCCACCAGCUGCGGGAGGUGCCGGUGCUGUUCAUGCGCUCGGACGGGGGGCUCACCCCCAUGCAGCACUUCAGCGGGGCCCGCGCCAUCCUCUCGGGCCCGGCCGGCGGCGUGGUGGGCUACGCCGUGACCACCUACCGCCGCGAGGAGGGACAGCCCGUCAUCGGCUUCGACAUGGGAGGCACCUCAACGGACGUCAGCCGCUAUGCCGGCGAGUACGAGCACGUCUUCGAGGCCAGCACCGCCGGCGUCAGCAUCCAGGCGCCGCAGCUCGACAUCAACACCGUGGCGGCCGGCGGCGGCUCCCGGCUCUUCUUCAGGUCCGGGCUCUACGUGGUCGGCCCCGAGUCGGCGGGCGCCCACCCCGGCCCAGCCUGCUACCGCAAGGGGGGUCCGCUGACCGUCACCGACGCCAACCUCUGCCUGGGCCGCCUGCUCCCCGAGUACUUCCCCCACAUCUUCGGGCCGGGCGAGGACCAGCCGCUGUGCCGGGAGACGGCGGCGCGGGCGUUCCAGGAGCUGGCCGCGCGCAUCGACGCCUUCCUGGCCGGCACCGCCGCCGGCGCCCGCCAGCCGCUCUCGGUGGAGGAGGUGGCCAUGGGCUUCGUGCGGGUGGCCAACGAGGCCAUGUGCCGGCCCAUCCGCGCCCUGACGCAGGCACGGGGCCACGACGCCGCCCGCCACGUGCUGGCCUGCUUCGGGGGCGCGGGGGGGCAGCACGCCUGCGCCAUCGCCCGCGCCCUGGGCAUGAGCAGGGUCUUCAUCCACAAGUACAGCGGGAUCCUGUCGGCGUACGGGCUGGCGCUGGCGGACGUGGUGCACGAGGCGCAGACCCCCUGUGCCCUCCGCUACGAGCCGGCCGCCUUCCCCCGGCUGGACGGGCGCAUCGCCGCGCUGGAGCAGGAGUGCCGGGACGCGCUGCGGGCGCAGGGCUUCACCGGGGAGCAGAUCCACACGGAGGCUUUCCUGCACCUGCGCUACGAGGGCACCGACUGCGCCCUGAUGUGCUCGGCCAAGGGCCACCCGCCCACCCCGCGCUCCUGCCGCGCCGGAGACUUCCACGCUGCCUUCACCAGCCGGUACCUGGCGGAGUUCGGCUUCACCAUCCCCGACCGCCCCGUGGUGGUGGACGACGUGCGGGUGCGCGGCACCGGCAGCAGCGGCAUCAGCUGCGAGACCCCUCUGGCCCCCAGCGGGGAACCGGCCCGUGUGGAGACGGUGACGCGGUGCUACUUCGAGGAGGGGUACCUGGAGACGCCGGUGUUCCUGCUGGAGGAGCUGGCCUGCGACCACGCCGUCCCCGGCCCCGCCAUCAUCAUCGACAAGAAUAGCACCAUCGUGGUGGAGCCGGGCUGCACCGCCGGCCUCACCCGCUUCGGCGACGUCUGCAUCGCCGUCGGCUCGGGGUCCCCGCGCCCCGUUGGCUCCCAGCUCGACGCCGUCCAGCUCUCCAUCUUCUCCCACCGCUUCAUGAGCAUCGCAGAGCAGAUGGGCCGGAUCCUGCAGCGGACGGCCAUCUCCACCAACAUCAAGGAGCGGCUGGACUUCUCCUGCGCCCUUUUCGGGCCGGACGGGGGGCUGGUGUCCAACGCGCCCCACAUCCCCGUCCACCUGGGCGCCAUGCAGGAGACCGUCCAGUUCCAGAUCCGCAACCUUGGCGAGGACCUGCGGGAGGGGGACGUCAUCCUCAGCAACCACCCCUGCGCGGGGGGCAGCCACCUGCCCGACCUCACCGUCAUCACCCCCGUCUUCUGGCCGGGCGUCCCCAAGCCCGUCUUCUUCGUGGCCAGCCGCGGGCACCACGCGGACAUCGGCGGCAUCACCCCCGGCUCCAUGCCCCCCCACUCCAAGGCGCUGCGGGAGGAGGGGGCCGUCUUCGUCUCCUUCAAGCUGGUGAAGGACGGCGUCUUCCAGGAGGAGGCGGUGACGGAGGCCCUGAUGGCGCCGGGCCACGUCCCGGGCUGCAGCGGGACCCGGAACCUGCAGGACAACCUGUCGGACCUGCGGGCCCAGGUGGCCGCCAACCAGAAGGGGAUCCAGCUGGUCACCGAGCUCAUCCGCCUCCACGGCCUCCCCGUCGUCCAGGCGUACAUGGCGCACAUCCAGGCCAACGCCGAGGUGGCCGUGCGGGAGAUGCUGAAGGGUUUUGCCGCGCGCUGGGGCACGGCGGUGGAGGCUGAGGACCACAUGGACGACGGCUCGCCCAUCCGGCUGCGGGUGCAGGUGGACCCCCAGGAGGGCAGCGCCGUCUUCGACUUCUCGGGCUCGGGGCCGGAGGUGUACGGGAACUGCAACGCCCCCCGCGCCAUCACCCUCUCCGCCCUCAUCUACUGCCUGCGCUGCAUGGUGGGCCAGGACAUCCCCCUCAACCAGGGCUGCCUGGCCCCCGUGCGGGUGGUCAUCCCCAAGGGCUCCAUCCUGGACCCCUCGCCCGAGGCCGCCGUGGUGGGGGGCAACGUCCUGACCUCCCAGCGGGUGGUGGACGUCAUCUUCAGAGCCUUCGGCGUCUGCGCCGCCUCCCAGGGCUGCAUGAACAACGUCACCUUCGGCAACGAGCGGGUGGGCUACUACGAGACGGUGGCGGGGGGCGCGGGUGCCGGCCCGCGCUGGCACGGCCGCAGUGGGGUCCACACCCACAUGACCAACACCCGCAUCACCGACCCCGAGAUCCUGGAGCAGCGGUACCCCGUGGUCCUGCAGCGCUUCGAGCUGCGCCGGGGCUCGGGGGGCGCGGGGCGCUGCCGGGGGGGUGACGGGGUGAUCCGGGAGCUGCUCUUCCGCGAGGACAUGGUGCUGUCGGUGCUGAGCGAGCGCCGUGCCGUCCGCCCCUACGGCCUGCGAGGGGGUGACCCCGGCGCCCCGGGGCUCAACCUGCUGCUGCGCCGCGAUGGCCGAACCGUCAACCUGGGUGCCAAGACAUCGGUGCCGGUGGAGCCGGGGGACGUCUUCCGCCUGCAGACCCCCGGCGGGGGCGGCUUCGGCCGCCCCGGGGACGGGGGGGACCCCGAGGAGGCCGCGGAGCCGCCGGCGCCCCGGAGCUUCGCCGAGCGCGGGAGCCUCUUCGAGUACCGGCGGGCGCAGGAGGCCGUCUGA